AUGAAGCCAGCAGUGGCUCUGCUGGGCCUCGUCCUGCUGCUCGACAUCACCUCUGCUGCAGAACAGUCCUGUGUGGGUCGCUGUGGCUCCUUCGACCCGCAGACAAAAUGCCAGUGUGACUCCAUUUGUGUGUACUAUGGGAGCUGCUGCGGGGACUUUGAUACCAUCUGCCCUAAAAAAACUGCUCGUGGCGAUACCUUCCAGGAAGCAGAAGAAGUAACAGACAGAACAACUCUCCAACCAACUUUCAACACGGUUGCACCGACCCAAACUGCCUCUCCCACACCCGUCACCACACAAGAGCCUGCUCCUCCUGCUUCUGUCGAGCCUGACGCAGCGGCCUGCAGUGGUCGACCUUUUGAUGCUUUUCUGCAGCUGAAGAAUGGCUCGAUAUAUGCUUUUAGAGGUGAAUAUUUCUUUGAGUUGGAUGACAAGUCCGUACUUCCUGGUUACCCAAAACUCAUCCAGGAUGUGUGGGGGAUCUCUGGACCCGUAGACGCGGCAUUCACACGCAUCAACUGCCACGGAAAAUCCUAUAUCUUUAAGGGGAAAAAGUACUGGAGGUUUGACGGUGAUGUUCUGGAUGAGAACUAUCCGCGGGACAUUUCAGCCGGCUUUGAUGGCAUACCGGAUGACGCUGACGCCUCUUUCGCCAUACCGGCACCAAGUCACCUUGGCAAAGAGAAAGCCUACUUUUUCAAAGGGAACAAGUAUUACCAGUAUGAGUUCAAGCACCAGCCUUCCCAUGAGGAGUGCGUCCGCAUGAGCAGAACCUCCCCCUCUGUGCUGUUCACUCGAUACACGGACCUCUUCUGCGAUCAGACAUGGGAGGACUUCUUCACCGACCUCUUUGGAAGCUCCUACAGCAGUCACCAAACAGGCCCUCGCUUCACCAGCAGGGACUGGCAGGGCGUCAGGCCAUCUGUAGACGCUGCCAUGGUGGGACGAGUCUACCUCAGCCCCAAACCCACGCCAGCGGCUCCUCCACCAGCGAGAAGGCCCAGCAGUCGGAGGAGGAGGCCCAGCAAGAAGCGUGCACAGCGGAGAAGGCAGAGUCGCCAAACGUUGUUUGAUGAUUUGUGGGGUUAUGAUGAUCUGUUCGGUUAUGACUACAGCGACUACACCGACAUCUUUGAUGAGAUCCCCACAGAGUACAAAAGCACCCCCCUGCAAAAUGUGUAUUUUUUCAAGAAAGAUAAAUACUACAGAGUGGAUCUGCAGACAAAACGUGUGGACUCUGCCAACCCUCCUUACCCACGAUCCAUUGCAAAAUACUGGCUGGGCUGCAAGCAUGAAGAGACACCUGAUGCAUCAAGGGCAGAGAAGAGAUAG